GGGUGAUUCGACGAACGGUCUGGGGCCGGAAGUGGUACUUCUACGUUCACAGGCCUCUAGCAACAAACGGCGGGGAGUUUUGUUUGUGUUUAUUCAUGUUUAUUUAUUUAUUUGUGUCACAUUCAUUUUAUUCCGCCCCGGAGGUAACGCUACUGUUGUCAACGCUGUUAGCGCCAGAACGAAUCCCCGCUAGUAACAGUUAGCGUAUUUCAGCUAACGAUGGUCCGUUAGCUUCUGUUAGCUCGCGUUAGCUUCGACCUGUGACCCCGUUAGCUUAAACCACAGCUGCCGUAAACAAGAGCAGAAACGGGUGAAGCUGGACACGAACUUCCGGUCAGCGUUGGCCGUUAGUUCGACUCAAAGCUAACGAACAGAAUGAUGAAGCAGGAGAGUGUGCGUGAAGACAGACGCCCUCUAGCGGACGGUUCUACAGACGUCCAACAUCUGCUGCUGAUCAAAGAAGAGCUUCGCACUGAGAUGAUGACCCGUCCAGAUCAGGAGGAGCCAGAGAAUCCUUACAUCAAAGAGGAACAGGAAGAUCUGUGGACCAAUCAGGAGGAAGAGCAGCUUCAUGACACGGAGGAGGCUGAUGAUGGAAAGUUCUCACUCACUGUUGUUCAAGUGAAAACUGAAGAUGACCCAGAGAGUCCUCACAUCAAAGAGGAACAGGAAGAUCUCUGGACCAAUCAGGAGGUCCAUGGCAACAAGUUCUCGCUCUCUAUCGUCCACGUGAAGACGGAAGACGAUGAAGACGAACCUCAGUCCUCACAGCUUCAUCGAAGUCAACCUGAGGACAGAAGAGAGGAGGAGCCUCCAGACACUGAUGGAGAUGAUCAUCUCUACUCCGAUAAAGAAGACAACGAGACUUCAGACUCGUGUGAGACUGAAGACAGUGAGGACGAUGGUUUGGAGGAGACCAGAGCUCCUGACCAACGUCAGCCUCACAGACACAAACAGAGCGUUUCUACAGGAGAGAAACCGUUUGUCUGUGACGUCUGUGGGACAACAUUUUCAAGUAAAUCGAAUCUGAAACGACACAUGAUCGUUCACACAGCAGAGAAACCGUGCAGCUGCCAUGUGUGCGGGAAAAAAUAUAAAAGUGAGUUUUAUGUUAAGAGACACAUGAUCGCACAUUCAGGAGAGAAACCGUUUCACUGUGACGUUUGUGGGAAAAGAUAUAACAGUAAGUCUCAUCUCAGGAGACACAUGAUCGCACACACAGGAGAGAAACCAUUUCACUGUGAUUUCUGUGGGAAACAAUUUACACGAAAGGGGACGCUGAGUAUUCACAUGAAGGGUCACACGGGAGAGAAACUCUUCUGCUGCGACGUUUGUGGGAAAGGAUUCACACAAAAGAGUUCUCUUUAUAAACACAUGAAGGGCCACACGGGAGAGAAACCGUUCCACUGCGACGUGUGUGGGAAAGACUUCACACACAAGGGUUCUCUGACUCAGCAUAUCAUGGUCCACACCGGGGAGAAGCCGUGCAGCUGCAGCGUGUGCGGGAAAAGGUUUGCGAGUAACAGAGACGUGUUGAGACACAUGGUGGUUCACACCCGAGAGAAAGCGUUCAGCUGCGACGUGUGCGGGAAACCGUUCACACUCAAGUUCAAUCUCAAAGUGCACAUGAAACUUCACGCAGGAGAAAAAUGAUGACACUGGACACAUUUUACUGUCAUGGGACGACAGAAGAACCGGAAGUCGUCCACAGUUGAGGAGUGAGAGAGAAAAUCCACUGCUGCCUCCAUCACCAAGGUCAAAGAACUAGGAUAAGAUUUGUUGACUUUAAGUCUCUGUCUAUACCAGAAUAUUCAUGAGAAUCUGCGGGAAUGUUUUAUUGAUUGUUGGUGUGACAUAAAGAUUCUCUGAGUUUUUAUGUUGCUGACAGUUCUUUUUCACUUUGUCUUCUAGUAAUAAUAAUAAUAACAAUAAUAACAGUAAUGAACAUUUGAAAGUCAUUGAUAUUUUCUCUCAAAGGUUCUUUUUCUUUUCUCUAACAUGUUUUAAAGGAAAAUUCAGAAACUCACACGCUCCAUCGUCACUGUCGAAAAACAGCACAAUAAUAAAUCAAAGUUGCAACGUGAACCUCAAAAGACAGUUGCAUCAUGGGUAAUGAAUCAGGUUAUUGUAGUGUUAUUGUCCAAAAAGUAAAAGAAGAUAAAAACCA